AUGGCAGGCCCAGGACUCUUUGCGCUGCGCGACUUUGCGCGCCUGGCCACGCCCAGCGUCUCGCUCCCGCCAUCGACGUUGCUGCUGGAGACGCCGAAAUGCAUCGCCGUGUUCGACGCGUAUCCAAAGGCGCGCUACCACUUUCUCGUCCUCCCCAAGCUCCCCUUCCCCGGCGACACGGGUCUGCUAGAGGGCAACCUCGACUCGCUGGCUGCGUUGCUGCGCCACCCGGCGCGCGGUGCCGUCGUCGACGCCAUGGCUGCGGCCGCGGACGAAGUGGUCGAGAUGGUGCGCGACGAGAUGCACAAGACGGAGGGGUUUGAGUGGGGUGUCAACGUCGGGUUUCACUCGGUCCCGUCUAUGAGACACCUGCACCUGCACGUCAUCUCGGACGACCUGACUUCGCCGAGCCUCAAGAACAAGAAACACUACAACUCGUUCCGCCCCGACCUGGGUUUCUUCGUCCCACUGGGCGACGUUCAGCAGUGGAUCACGGACGCCGGAGACGGCGGAGAUCUCGAUGCACGCGCAACGGCUUUGCAUGCCAACGAGACGCUCCUUACGACGCCGCUGUCGUGCUUCAAGUGUGACGAAGGGAUGAGUAAUAUGCCUGCCCUCAAACGCCACCUCGACGAGGAGUGGCAAAACGCCAAGGCAAAGGCCACCUCCACGAGUCUCACGCGAUAG